AUGGUCUUGAUGCGUCCUCCUUCGGCGAGGCCGACGCAGGCCGCCUCAAUUCAAUACCGCGCGCAACCUUUGAUCAAGCUGGCCAUCGUAGCACUCACAGCCUUGGUCCACCUCAUAGCACCCGUUCUCUCGGCUCCUUUCUCAGCCGCAUCGUUCUCUCUCUCCUCUUCCGACUCAACGCCACAGUCGCACCACCAUGGCCAAGACGACGAGGCUGUCACCGACAGUCCGCUUAAGCUCACCAUCGACAUUUUGACCAUCGCAGCCUUGGUCGUACUCGGCGGUAUCUUUGCUGGUCUCACCCUCGGCCUCAUGGGUCUCGAUAUGGUCAAUUUGCAAGUCUUGGCGUCUUCUGGCUCCGAAACCGAACGCAAGCACGCUUCGAAGGUGCUCAAGCUCCUCGAAAAGGGUCGUCACUGGGUGCUUGUCGUCUUGCUCCUCGGCAACGUCAUUGUCAACGAGACUCUGCCUGUUUUUCUCUCCGACUUCGGUGGUGGUAUCGCUGCCGUCCUCACUUCCACCUUGCUCAUUGUCAUCUUUGGUGAGAUUGUGCCCCAGAGCAUUUGCGCCCGCUAUGGACUCGCCAUUGGCGCCUUUUGUGCUCCCAUGGUCCAUGCCACCAUGCUCAUCCUCGCACCCAUCGCCUGGCCCACUGCAAAGUUACUCGACUGGUGUCUAGGCGAAGAGCACGGCACCACCUACCGUAAAGCCGAGCUCAAGACCUUUGUCUCGCUUCAUCAGCAGAUCGGUACCGAGCACUUGCACGAAGACGAGGUCACCAUCAUCCGCGCCGUCCUGGAGCUUAACGACAAGACCGUUCGCGACGUCAUGACCCCCAUCGAAGAUGUCUUCAUCAUGUCCAGUGACACUAUCCUUGACGAGGAAGGUGUCGCCAAGCUGGUCAGAUCCGGGUACUCGCGUGUCCCCAUCCACGAACCCGGCAAGAAGGAUGCCAUCGUCGGUAUGCUCCUCGUCAAGAAUCUCAUCCAGUAUGAUCCAGAAGAUGCCCAGGCUGUCUCCAGCUUCCACCUCACUCCUCUCCCGGAAGCUAGCUGCGACCUCACGCUCCUCGACUGUCUCAACUACUUCCAGCAAGGCCGCAGUCACAUGAUCCUCGUCUCGACGCAUCCCGGCGAGUCGCGCGGUGCGCUCGGCGUCGUUACUCUCGAGGACGUCAUCGAAGAAAUGAUCGGAGAAGAGAUUGUCGAUGAAACCGACAUUUACGUCGACGUUCACAACAAGAUCAAGGUCGUCCGAAACCGCCAGACCGGCAACAACACUGGCCAGAACUGGCAGCCCUUGAUUCGUGGCAUCAUCGAGCGUCGACGAAAGCUCGGCGGUCCCAUGAAGGCACCUCUCCGCAGCAGCUACGGUACCGUCGGCAUCAUGAACAACGAUGGCGGUGCGAGAAGCGACAGCAAGUAUGGUCUUCCCAGCAGCAAUGUCCGUGCGGUCGACAAGGUAGCCAUCAAGCGUCCCGGUUCGCCGCAUUCGGUCGCCAGCGUCUCUCGCAAAGCUUCUGGCACCUACGAGCCAAACAGCCUUUUGCGCCGCGAAAGCACCUCUUCCACCGCCGGCUCGGUCGACGGAAUGAACUACCAAGACUUGCAUCGCGCCGCCGUCGUCCACCAGACCGUCGGCAGCGCUCAGAACUCGUACACAGAGCCGUUCAUCGUCGAAGUGGGCAGUCAGGACCGCACACCGCACAUUGUCAGGAUAUCCGACAUCCAGGAGUGUCCCGGUGCUGAGGACCGGGCGAGGAAGCAGGACCAGGCGCAGAACGGCCGCAACACCGACGACGCACCGGGCAACAAGCACGACGAUGAGGAUGACGGAGACGGAGAGAGGCGUCCGCUGCUGGAUGGCGUCAGGAAGGUGUUCGGGCGGUCCAGCUAG